AUGACAAAACCGACCAUAGGCGACAUCACUUCGGAUACGUCGAUCGAGCAAACGGCCAAUCGUGACUCAAUUUUCCUGACCGCGGGCACGGCUGUCAGUGCCAAAUAUCGUGGCGCAUUUUGUGAGGCCACUGUGGAUGAAGUCGAUUUAAGUUUUCGUUUGAAAGUUCAGUUGCAUAAUGGCACCAAAGAUGUGGUUUCUGUUGAUCAGAACAACUUGGUUUCCGGUACACCAUUACCGAAUAACGAAGUCACAGUGCGUGUUCCCUCAUCCGAUGUACGAGCAACCAAUGCGACUGGUUUCGUGGAACGCCUGGGUACCGUUCUCCGGACAACGGACACUAGCCUGUAUACUGUGGUUUUUGAUGACGGAGACAAGCGAACCUUGAGACGCACUCAAUUGGUGAUCAAAGGCGAGCGACACUUCAAAGAGAGUGAGGCAAGUACAGAUCUCCUUUGUUUGGUUGUUCGCAAUGCGUUAACCAUUCACUCUAGCCUUGAUUGUCUACCGUUGACUAAUCCGGAACAAUUCCGACAACCGGUGAUCGAUCGGAGAAAACAUCGAUCGGGGAAUGAGGAUACGGAUGAUGAGACAGCUGACAAUGCUUCCAACGGCGAUGGGACAUACCCCGCGGACGAACCUCAUUCACACGUGACCGGUGACUCGACAAUAGUCAGUCGGACCGUCAGCUCCGUUCCAGAUAGCUCGAUUGCCGUACAAUUGAACGAGUGCGAUCAGUUCAGUGACGUGUCUGAUGACAAACCAACCGAGGCUAGCACAUUGACAGCCUCGGUCACAAAAAACACUACGAGUGUGAACACAAGUACGGUCGCAAACCUCACGACAGAUGGAAAGGUAUCCGGUGCCGGUACUGGUGUGGAAUCUACGAUUCAGGCUAAAACACCGUCCACUUCCGUUCAUGAACAGGAGCGGGGAGCUCGCAUCGAACUGGCUCAACAGGCUGCUUAUGCCCGCCUCUUGGGACGUUUGGUUUUGGUUAACAUGCCAAUCCAUACCAAGGAUCACAGCACUCCGGGGUCAUCCACCAACGCAGGCGAUCCCUCAGCUCGACGCCGUUUCGGUCCUUGCCUGGUUGUACUGCCUAGUUCAAUGCCUAGCAUCGAUUUGCGUUCUGGCUCUCGUUUACCACAGCUUUUGGUUCGUUCUUUCAAGGACAAUCGAUUUUUCAGUGCUCCGCUUUGUUACCUGAAGCGCUUGAAGCGCCCGGCUGCAGUCGAGAUGGCUCAUGCAUAUCCCUCCCUACGAACUGCAUUCGAACGCGCAUUACUCUGGCUAGACCGAUAUGAAUUGCCCGUCAGUUGGGGCGAAAAUGCUACACAAACACUUUUAGGUGCAAAAAAUUGGCGUGCGGCAAAACGGGAGCAACGCGCCGCAACCGCGUCCAGUCCGGCUGGCUCACGUAAACUGACCAGUUCACGUAAACGUCCGCGUCAGUCGGACAACAACACACGCGGACCAACAGCCCAUGCGAGUCCACGCAAGAAAAUGCGUCUCAAACUCCCUGGACCGAAAACAGCUCGAUCGNGCCUGGCCUGCCGCGUCGACGUUCUCUGCGUCCCAGCUCCCCAAGGAAAAUGA